AAUCCUAUGAUCUUCACUCCUUUUAUAUCGAACCCAACCCUUCAACUCUUCUUCUCACUCACUCUCUUCUCUUUCACUCGCUCCAAUGCUUCCUUCUCGCUUCCUUCCCCUUUCUCUUCUUCUCAUUCUCUUCUUCAAUGGCGUCCAUUCCAGAUCCAAAUUUUCUCUUUCUUCUUCUUCUUCCCCUGUUUCGUCCAAAAUUGGACUGGGCUACCGUUUAGUUUCUGUUGAAGAAACCCCCGAUGGCGGUCUCUUAGCUCGCCUCCAAGUUAAACAACCCAACACUAUUUAUGGCCCUGACAUCCCUUACUUGCAGCUCUUUGUUAAGCAUGAGACAAACGACCGCUUGAGGGUUCACAUCACCGACGCGGAGAAGCAAAGAUGGGAGGUUCCAUACAAUCUCUUACCAAGAGAACAACCGCCAGUGGCGAAACAAACCAUCGGAAAAUCAACCAAAAACACCAUUACAGGCUCUGAAUACGUCGGUAGUAACCUAAUCUUCAGCUACACAUCAGACCCAUUUUCGUUUUUGGUUAAAAGGAAAUCAAAUGGCGAUAUCCUUUUCGAUUCGAGCUCUUCUGAUUCAGACCCAUAUAGUAAUUUGGUGUUCAAAGAUCAGUACCUGGAGAUUUCGACGAAGUUGCCAGAAGACGCUGCACUAUACGGACUAGGGGAGAACACACAGCCGCAUGGGAUUAGAAUAUACCCAAACGAUCCUUACACUUUGUACACAACGGAUGUGUCCGCCAUUAAUCUGAAUACAGAUCUUUAUGGAUCUCAUCCAGUGUAUAUGGACCUGAGAAAUGAAGGAGGGAAGGCAUCGGCACAUGCGGUGCUGCUGCUGAAUAGCAAUGGGAUGGAUGUGUUUUACAGAGGAAAAUCUUUGACGUACAAAGUCAUUGGUGGGGUUUUGGAUUUUUACUUCUUUUCUGGACCUUCACCACUUGAUGUUGUUCAACAGUACACUUCCCUCAUUGGAAAGCCUGCUCCCAUGCCUUACUGGGCCUUUGGAUUUCACCAGUGUAGAUGGGGUUACCAUAACCUAUCUGUUAUUGAGGAUGUUGUUGAGAACUAUCAAAAAGCUCAAAUUCCGCUUGACGUUAUUUGGACUGAUGAUGAUCACAUGGAUGGAAAGAAGGAUUUCACUCUCAACCCCGUCAAUUAUCCACGGCCAAAGCUUCUAGCUUUCCUAGACAAGAUACAUAGCAUUGGCAUGAAGUACGUUGUGAUCGUUGACCCUGGCAUUGCUGUUAACUCCAGUUAUGGUGUUCAUCAAAGGGGCUUGGAAAAUGAUGUUUUCAUUAAGUACCACGGUGAACCAUUUUUGGCUCAAGUUUGGCCUGGUGCCGUAAACUUCCCCGAUUUCCUUAAUCCCAAAACUGUUUCAUGGUGGGGUGAUGAGGUCCGCCGUUUCCAUGAACUUGUCCCUGUUGAUGGUCUGUGGCUUGAUAUGAAUGAAGUCUCAAACUUCUGUUCUGGAUUGUGCAAAAUCCCAGAAGGCAAACAAUGCCCAACUGGAACAGGACCUGGCUGGAUUUGUUGUCUAGACUGCAAGAACAUUACGGAAACAAGAUGGGACGAUCCUCCUUACAAGAUAAAUGCAUCAGGUUUGCAGGUGCCAAUUGGCUUCAAAACAAUUGCGACCAGUGCAGUUCACUACAAUGGCGUUCUUGAGUAUGAUGCUCACAGUCUCUAUGGGUUCUCUCAGUCUGUUGCAACGCAUAAGGCCCUUCUCGGUCUUGAGGGGAAGAGGCCGUUUAUCCUUUCCCGUUCCACAUUUGUUGGUUCAGGCAAAUAUGCAGCUCACUGGACUGGGGAUAACAAGGGAACAUGGGAUGAUUUGAAGUACUCCAUUUCUACAAUGCUUAAUUUUGGUAUAUUUGGAAUGCCAAUGGUUGGUUCUGAUAUCUGUGGGUUCUAUCCUGCACCCACGGAAGAACUCUGCAAUCGUUGGAUUGAACUUGGCGCUUUCUAUCCAUUCUCAAGGGAUCAUGCCAAUUACUAUUCCCCUAGACAGGAACUUUAUCAGUGGGAGUCUGUUGCUAUAUCUGGUCGAAAUGCACUGGCCAUGAGGUAUAAGCUCCUACCAUAUCUAUACACAUUGAACUAUGAAGCUCAUACAACCGGAGCACCAAUUGCUAGACCGCUCUUCUUCUCAUUCCCAGAUCUUAAGGAGUGUUACAAUGUGAGCACUCAAUUUUUGCUUGGCAGCAGUGUUCUCGUAUCCCCUGUGCUAGAGAAGGGAAAGACAAAAGUCAGUGCAAUGUUUCCACCAGGCACUUGGUACAGUUUGUUUGAUAUGAAGAAAACCAUCGUAUCAGACGAAGUUCAAUAUCUGUCUCUUCCUGCACCAUUGCACGUUAUUAAUGUCCAUUUGUAUCAAAACAGCAUUCUACCAAUGCAGCGAGGUGGAUUGAAUUCAAAGGAAGCUCGUAAAACUCCUUUCACUUUCAUCGUGGCCUUCCCUGCCGAUGAUAGCAAAGGAGAGGCCAAAGGAAAGCUGUUUCUUGAUGAGGACGAGCAUCCGGAGAUAAGCCUUGGUGAUGGUCUAUCUACUUACAUUGAACUUUAUGCAACUUUGAGCCAGGGGAGUGUUAAGGUUUGGUCUGCAGUUCAAGAAAGCAAAUUUGCUUUGGAAAAGGGUUGGAUAGUUGAGAAACUUAUUGUGUUGGGGUUAGAUGCAAGCAAGCGGGCACAGGCCCUUGAGAUCAACGGAAAUGUGGUUGAGGAUGGUUCGAAUAUCGAGUUUUAUACAUCGGAACAGAGUUAUCAGCAAGCGAAACUAGAGGAUGGAGGGGAUAAGAGGAAGACGGCCAUGGUUGAGGUCAGAGGAUUGUCAUUGCCUGUUGGAAAGAACUUUGAAAUCUCCUGGAAAAUGGGAUAGAAAGUGGAGAGGUAGAAAUUCUGUACUCUAGAUUGUCAGAUUGAGCAGCCCUUUUUUCUUUCACAUUCCCCUUCCCCAUUUUCUUUGAAAUUGGUUGGUGGUUACUGGGUUUCUUCUUUUCUUUUUUUUUUUCUUUAUUGCUUUGAUGGAAAAGAGAUGAGCCAAAGCAAAGCUUAUCUUCAUCCUUAUCCAUGGAACAAGUCUUGUACUUGUGUUCAUCGUUUUAUGUAGUUUGAGAAUAAAGUAUGUUCCUAUCA